GAGACUCGCGUAAGCCGUAUGCCGGCUGUGGCGUAGUGUAGGAAGCGAGGAGAAUGAGCAGUCAGUUACCGAAGUGUAUCAUCCCGAGCACUGAACGUCAAAGAAAGACACAGCCCACGUUAUAUAGCAGGCCUGCGGCCGGGCACGGCGCUUCUCGCCACAGAAACAAAGUUUCGCGGAACGAGGUCUGAUGGGUUAUCACACCGUGUGACAACCUAUUUUAGUUGCCAUUUUUGUUUGGUUCGUGCAAAAAAAAAAAAGUGACAACCGUGCGCGUUCUGUCACCAGUGUCGCCGGAGUUCGCACGUGUGAUCUUUUCGCACUGGCGAACGUCGAAUAAUUGAAUUGCACCCAUAUCGGCGAGGAAAGAACAGCGCUGAAGGAAAACAAGAUGCUGGAAUUGCAACAGGUGUCCGACGUGGACAACGGGUCGGACAUCGUGCAGCGCAUCACCGCCAUGCUGGACACGGCGUCGGCCGAGCAGCCGUCGCCGUCGCCGCCGCCCGCGCUCGCGGGUUCGACGCCCGGCGGCUCGUCGGGCUCGGCGUCGCCCACGCCGCCCCCGGCUUUGGCUGGCGCGCCGCUGCACCACGCACACCCACAGCACCAGGCGCUGCACCACCACCAUCACCACCACCCGCUGUCGCCGCUGCGGUCGCUCUCCGUCGCGCCUCCGGGCGUGCUGCCGCCGCAGGCGCACCGCUCCCUUUCCGAAGGUGAAACCUCAAUGUCAAUUACAGACUUACUGGGUCUUAAUGUGCCAAGAGGAACGCUCUUGGGAAGUAAUAGCAGCCUGAAUUCCCCAUCUCCUCAGUUGUACGACCCAUCUCAGAAUUCGAGGUUCUUCCAGGAAGAACCACAUUAUCUGGACAUGAUGGAUGCAUCCGGAUUCCACACACCACUUCACAACCCGUGUGCCUUCAGAAGUUCCCCAGCGUACAGUGACUGUGGGAGCCCAACAGGAGUGGAUCAGUCGCUGUUACCAGCCUCCAACAACAGUGGCUCUACCUCCAACUCCCCCGUUGAUUCCGAUCUGAACCCCAACAGUGUUGAUGCCGGAAGCUUAGCUAAUCUCAUAAACUAUCUAUCCCUCUACAGAGGAAAUGAGCAACAGCAAGAACAGCAGCAACAACAGGAUCAAAUGACAUCACUGAGAUUUUUACAGCAGCAACAACAUAAUCUGCAAGCAAGUUUCCUGUCGCAGUUCCUGCAGUCGCCACAGUCUCCAGACGGUCAGGCUGCCACCUGCUUCCCACUGUCAGCGCCCUUGGGUCUUUCCCUCUCUUCAUCUUGCCAGCAGCGCAGCCCUCCCCAGUCUCAACAGCAGUCGCGGCGCGUGAGAGUCCCAUCGCCGUUGCACCCGCUGACGCCACCGGAGCUCGGGUCGCCACUGCAGUGGCGGCAGUCGCCUUCGCUGACUUCGUCGCAGUCGCGGAACUCUGGGGCUGGCAACUCCGGAGGUGGUCAGGUGUGCCUUGAGCGUGCGGCCCGCUUCCACAAGAAUGCUGCCUCUCUGGUUGAUGCCACCUGCACAUGGAGUGGAACAUUACCACCACGAUCUGUCAAGUCUGGUGCCUAUUCGUGUAAGGUAUUCCUUGGAGGAGUUCCUUGGGACAUGGGCGAGGCAGCCCUGGUGAAUGAACUUCACCAGUUUGGCCAGAUACGCAUAGAGUGGCCAGGCAAAGAACAGUCUGCAUCACAGCCAAAAGGCUACGUUUAUGCCAUUCUCGAGUCUGAAAGGAAGGUUAGAGAGCUCCUGAAUGCUUGCACUCAAGAGUUGACGAGUGGUGGCAGCUGGUAUUUCAAGAUAUCCUCAAAAAAGAUGAAAGCCAAGGAAGUCCAGGUAAUCCCAUGGCUGUUAAGUGAUAGUAACUACAUAAAGUACACUUCACAGAAGCUGGACCCACAGAAAACUGUAUUUGUUGGUGCUCUUCAUGGAAUGCUAAAUGCUGAGGGUUUGGCGAAAAUAAUGAAUGACCUCUUUGGAGGUGUGAUAUAUGUAGGUGCAGGUAGACCCGUACCUGGAAGACUCCCUCUGUUCGUCGUGCGGCCUGCAGCAGGGGCCUUACUUCUGUCGGGACAUGGUGUGCUUCCGCUACUUCUGCCGGACCUGUUGGCACCGGCACCACGAUGGGCGCGAGCAGUUGCAGACGCACAAGACGCUGAUGCGCAACUCCAAAGGGAGCCGUGCCACCCCCAUCUCAGUGCCGGGCUUCUCGGCUCCUUCACUGUCAUCCCCGUCCUUCUCGUCGAUGAGUCCUCCCACACUCAUCAACUGAGAUGUCCGUUGGAGCACGUCGUGGGGAGGGAGUUCGAAGUUACGUGGUGCUGGAGGCUGUGCACGAGUGCUGCACCUCUGUGGCCGGUAUCGAGGCAGCUUGCCGCGACGCUGUACUCCCGGUAUGUGUGGAUUACUGCUGUCAGUAACACUGUGUACGUGUGUGGGGGCACGUGGAAAUGUGUCGGUGCAUUAGAAGUUACCGAUCUGCCACACAGAGGAGCUGCCUGUGUGUUCAGUUUCCUAAUUUUAAAAUUUUUCCAUUGAUCAGUAUUAAUGCUGCUAGUUUAAUAGGAUAAGCAAGGUACUGAUGAAAAAUGUUCCUUUUUGAAGAGAGAUUACUUUAUUUAUAUUAAAUAGUUAUAUUAUUUGCCCGAAAUGGCAUCCUUAUAGUUUUUAAUUAUUUUGCUGCAGUCGGCAUUACUUACCCUAAUUUUACAAUGAGAGAAAUUGUGUUUUGUUUUUAUGAUGCUAUAUUUAAGAAGGGAGUUAAUUCUUUUUAGUGACAUUAAAUCGUGAUUUAUUUUGAGGUGCAGAAAACUUGCUCAUUUGCUAACCCACUUACAUAACUGGAUGGAAGCUUAUGACGAACUGGAUUGGAAAUGGUCUGUUCUUUGGAUUCUUUUGGCUAUUUCAUUAUCGAUACUGCAAUGGUGUAAACUCGACUGUGUAAAUAUGUUUAUUUUGGAAGAAUUUGUAUAUGAGAGUGUAUGAUUAGAAUCAUUGCAGUACAAAAACAACCAGGAGGGUUUUAAUUUACAGAAAUGUUAUACACAGUGUUCUUGAUUUUUUUUUUUAUUUAGUUUUUAUCAUUUCUUCUUAUAUCAAUAUAAAAAGACUGUUCUCUCUAUAUAAUAUUGCCAGCAGAGUGAAUAAAUUUCUGAGAAGAAAUUGUACUCAAAUCUUAUGUCAUUUUAAAACAGAAAUAAUAUAACUACUCAGUCAUUAUUGCAAAAUAAAAACUCCCUUGUGUGGUUUGAAGAUGUCUUGGCAGUUGAAUCGUAUCUGACAGUACAACAUAGAUAGAACUUUAGUAACUUUUGUAAUUUAGUUUUUAUGCCUUCCACAAAUAGUAACAGUAGCAGAAUUUAAUAACUUGCCUAUUGUUUCAGUUAAAUUUUACUGUUCCACGAUCAAUCGGAGCCAUAGUGCCUUGUUUCUGCCGCUGCUGACAGAAAUUGCAUAAUCUUAUGAAUGUUUCUAAUUCAAGUAAUCCUUUUGUAAUUUGUCUUAUACUGUGUACCAAGUUUUACAGAAGAUUUUGGUUCCCCUUUUGUUAACAGCAGCAAAAACAUGGCACCGUAGUACUUAACUAGUUCGUGUAGUAGUACAAAGUAACUAAAACAGUAGUCUUUAUUUUUAAUUCUGCUGUGGUUAUGACUUUGGAAAGACAUAAAAACUAAUUUUAGGAUCUAUAAAAUAUUUAUCUGUGCAGCACUGUCAGAUUUGUUUCAGUUAAGAUCUUUGUACUAAAAUAUUGCAUAAAACUUUGCACACGCAUUAUUAUUUUAGAAUUUUUAAAAUGUGCAGUUAAACAGUUUUGCUAUUCAGUAAUUGUUCCUAAUUUUAUAAUACAAUUUGGAGGUGUUUCAUCAUAAGACAUGUUAUGACUAAAUUGAAGCUAGUCUUAUUAUGUACAAAGGAAGAUGUUACUGUUGCUUCCUGUGAGUUACCAUGUUCGGUGGAAUGUAGGCACCAACCAGUGAUAAAGAUAACGAGAGGUGGUUGCCAUUACUAUAGUAAAAUGUAUUAAGGUACUGAAUAAACCUCAUAUUUUUAUAUGCAAGUAUACCAUUGGGCUAUUACUUGUAUUUCAUUCUUUCAUCUCCUUACUGCAUCAAGAGUGUCUGAAUAUUGCUUAUUCAGGAUUUCUGUUACUUGGUUUGAUACUUACUACUGAACUUGCCCUUCGUAGUGCCGUAAAUAAUAGUUACUCAAAGUUAAGAAAAAUUGUAAUAAACGGUUGCCAGUACAAUGGUGCAUUUGAAUGUUUUGACAGAGGUGUAAAAUGAGCCAUUUCUAUAGUUAUUAACCCGUAUUUACUGGAAGAAUUUAUUUGGAGGGGUGGGAGGUUGGAAAAUUUUAAGUCUGCUGCUUUGUUGAAAUGAGCUUUCAAAUAAACUAGUUAACAUUAUUCACAUCAUACAGAACUAACUUCUCUGUGUAUAUACUUUUGAUGUAAACCAAAUAUCCAAAGAAGAGUUGUUGAAUAGGUGUGCAAAUAACAAAUCAUUUGUUCUCAGACCUCAAAAAUAUAUUGGGUACAAAACCAUGUAAAUAGUUGCUGUUCAGUGCAGUAUCUAGCAGAUAAAUUGGAAUAAGAAAGUCAUUCAUUCCAAGCAGAAUGAUAUAAGCCAUAGACUGUUGCUCAGCCCCCCCCCCCCCCAAAAAAAAAAAAAAAAAUACUUUCACUUCACUUAGUGAUGUGAUUCCUCAGCUACUGUUUCUGUAAUAAUUUUCUUUUGUUUUUAAACUGUGUAUGAAGUUUAGUUAUAAUAAGGCAUGGCCCGCUCAGGCAUGUAUUGGAUGUGGUUAAUAUUUUUUAGUUUGCCAUUUAAUUUUUGAAAUAUUUCUCCUACUUCUAAGCAACUUUGAUCCAUUUUAAAAUUUUAUUCAACAUUGAUGGCAGUCAGGAUUUCUUAAACAAAACAGAGCUUUAUUCUAAUCUGAUUUAUUGUAUUGCAGUGGAGAGGUAGUUACAGUGUUCUCUAUUAUCAGAGAGAUGGACAAGUGAAAUGCGAGAUUAUUUCUUUGAAAUUGUUUAUUUUGUGCUUGAUCUGAAAAGGACAAAAAGAAGCUGUUGAUAUUGCUUGCAUUACUUACAGACAUAUAUUUGGGACUGAAUUGAUUUCUGCAACUCGCCACACAGUAAAGGUAAUUUCUAAAACUGAAAUAGAUAAAUAGGACUUAGUCAAAAAUGCAAGAAGUUAUGCAAUUUGGACAAAACUGUCGUGUUUAGAGUUCCUGGGUGUGAUAAAACAGCUUUUUUGUUGUUAAUGAGUAUUGAGAACGUUAUUUUACAGAUUUUGAUCCCAAAGGUUGUUAAAGCUGUUAAAUUUCACUUGAAUUGUUCCUCAGUAAAAUGGCCAGUGGUGAGUUGUCAGGGACUUAAGUUUACCUGAAUUUUCUGCUGUUUGAGGCACAGGGGAGGGAAACUUUCCAUUUGUGGGUACAGUCUUGAUAAUAUCAACAGCUCUUAGCUAAUAGAAAAUCAGACGAUGAAUGGUAACUCUGCACUUGUAAAGAUAUACAAGAAGACUGUCUCUUCAGUUUACGAACCGAUAAUCUUCUCUUAGGGUAAAAUGCAGCUGCCAUUUGUUAAUAUUCUAUAGCUUUAUGUGCCACCCUUUGUAAAUGGAAACGUUGAAACUUGAGCAAGAUUAGAUACUGUAUAUGGUGGUUAGUUUUUCACUUGGAAUGGUCUGUGUUAGUCUGACUUCCAUGUUAUACUGUUCAAGAAAAGCAAUGCAAUUUAUUCAGUUAGCCUGUGACAAGCAAAGACAAAGUGUUUGUAGGAGGAGCUGAUUUCAUGCACUCUGCAACUUGCUUCUUUUCGUUGUUCUUGGUUGUUAAACAAAAUCGUGAAAUAAUAAAGGUUCGAACUGAUAAGCACUUAUUUUCAGCUAAUAAGAUUUUAGUGGCGAAAUUGAACUACUCAUGGCACUUACAGUUCCAAUUGGAAAAGCGUUUUAUUAAUGCUCCACUCAGACUGUGUUUAAAGAUUAAGAAACGGGUUUUCAUUGAGUUGAUGUGACAAAAGUUUGUUCACGCAGUAGUUUGAUUUUAGAUGUGAAAAUAUACAAAAUUUUGUAAAUAAAAAAGGAUACUAUGUAUUACCUAAAAUUUCUCCUCAGUGCUCAACCUACAAGGUAUGAAAAGAGCAGUGAAGAAUCUGCUGUACCAGAUAACACAGUAUUAAACUAAAAAUUGUUUGCCAGUUUGGGUGAUGUUUACAUCCUUGGAUUAUUUCAUUAAAAACUCUUAACUCACAGACUGAUGGUAUAUUUUCCUCAUAUAGUCAGUGACUUUACUAAGAGGAAAACCUCUUAAAAGUAUGCAACUGUCCUAGGACUGGUUAAGGUCCGAAAAUUUCAUGCACUGAAAGAAAAUUACAUACUUACUUUAACCAACUGUUUCUUUUAGAUGGAUGUGUGGAGAUAUGGUACAUUGUGGCAUAUCCUUUCAUUUGAGGCAAUUGUUGGGCAACUAUGAACUGAACACUUUUGAUACUGUGUGAACAGUAACAGAUAAGACAGUCAUUGAACAACUUGUAAGUUAAGAAUAAUGCAUAAAUACUGGUAUUUCAUAACAACUGUUACAGACUGAAAAAUACUUGUAUUGAUGAGGGAUGGAUGGGAAUUCCUAUAUUAUGAACUGAAUUAGAUGUCAGUAUUUGGUUUAUGAAAGUUACAGUCAAUGGCUUUAUCAUUAUCAUGAACAUAAAAGCAGCCGCUGCACACCAAAGAAAGUGAAUUAUUUUGUGAAGUACCUGUAUUUCCCUCACUUUGCCAUGCAGUACAGUACUGUUUUUGCCAGUGUUGUUGUUAGUAAGUGUGUAUAUCCACUUGAUCAUCUUGAUGGACUGUCAUUCAGGUACAGUGGCUGCAAAUAAAAAUUUUAGUAGGUAUUUUUUUCAGCAUUUCUUUAUACUUUCCCCAUGAAUCAUUGUAGUUUGUCAUUAAUUUUUGUAAAUGUUUAGCACAUUUAGAGUAGAAUAUUACAGUAAGCCCAGUUCUUGUCUUGGGCAUCGCCUGCACGGUUCGUGCAGUUUGCUAGGUUGCAGGAGAGUAGGCACAUAAGUGACCCUCCUGUGUGUGCAAAAAGCUUCCACUGCCAUAUUUAAUGUGUGGCGUGAACAGAAACGGCACGCACUCUCCUUGACGAAUUGUUUUUCUGAUUUAAAAAUCUAAAAUUGUAAGAGUUCAGUUUUGAAAAGCCAUCUGCAAAACGUGGCAUGUGCAUGCACACACACAAUUAUUGUAGAAUUUAUAAAAUUUUCAAAUUUUUUGUUGUCCGCUAAUUGUUCACAAUUCUGCCAUAUACUUAGAUUUGUAUUUAGUUAUAAUACUAAAUUGAAGCUAGACUUGAGGAGCACCCUGUUCAUUCAGUAACGUGUUAAACUGUAGUACACAGUCACAAGAGAGAGAGUCUUAAAAAUGGUGUAACCUAAGCUGCUCCUGCCUCUUUGAUACACAUAACUAAAGAACUACAUUAUAAAUCUGAAAAGGCACUCACUGUGUUGUGACUAUCACCACUCAUUGUUUGUGCUAAAUUUUUAUAGAUUGCAUCACCCAGUGUACCAAUUGGUGACAAUUUUCUGUACUGUUUAUACCGACAUAGCCUCUUCCCGUGGAAUAGCGUACUAGACUUGUAAUGCUUCAAAGACCACAUGUGAAAUACAUUGAACAUACUUAAUUGUUGCAAAGUGAGAGUUCAUCUCUCUUAAGAUAGUUGGCUUUUACAUUUUAAAAUGUGUUUAAAGUUUGUGCAACCGCACCUAAUCUGUGUGUUUGACUGCUGUAUUGAUGAUAUGAACAUAGCCUAAUAAAAAGACAAUAACUAAGUAGAUACCCCAGGGUUUUCAAGAAUGAAGUCAUUUAACUUUAGAAUUCUAUCCAAACCCCAGCUGUUUAUACGGAUGAUGAAUUUCAGGUUUAAAUGAGAGGUAACACUGCAAGUAAUAUGAGAAUUGCUGCCCCCCCCCCCCCCCCCCAAUAGGCCCCCUGCUCAUGUGGAUGUAAAAGUGUGAGGUACUAAUUCUGUUUAAACGCCUUAAUGAAUUUUUUUCAUAACUUGGAUAUUAUUGUUUCCCACCAGAGAAUUUUUUCCAAAUUGUAUACUUUGGUUUUAGAUUUUCAGUUCUGUGCUGUAGCACCUCAGAUAUUUCUGUUCAUUGUUGUUAGCAACCACCCAUUAAGUUUGAGAUGCCCCAAACAAUAGGUACAUUGCCAGACACAACCCACUAAUGUGUCCCGUGUACAGGGGACAAGCCAAAAAUGUUAACAUUUGUACUUACUUCAGAAUGGUUUAAUAAUACAGGUUUGGACCCCCAUUUGUCCUUGACACAGCUGCGAUUCUUAUUUUGAAUACUGAAUACUUGCAUAUAAUGACUGUACAGUCUCCAGUUGAAAUGUUACGCUACUGUUCGAUCAGAACCACUUCUAACUUCUACAUUGACGAGGGAGGCAGAAAUCUGCUCUGAAGUCUGCGCUCCAAUACCGCUCACAGGGGUUCAAUAAUGUUAAAGUCCAGGGACUGUGCUGGCCAGGGAAGAUGCUGCAGUUCAGUUGUGUGCUCCUUGUAACACGGUUCGACUGUCCUGGUUGUGCAGAUGGUUGCAUUAUGUUGGAGUGACGAUAGAUACAGGGUCUCGAAGAUGGCCAUUGAGCUUGGCAGUUACUUAAGCGGCCAUAGUUUUAUGUUGUUUUGACACAGUUUUAGUGUACAACGAUCUGUCAUUUAGUUUUGAUUGGCACCCACCAUUACGUUUACAUGAUGUCUUUCCGUGUUUUGUGUAGACUGUCAGGACUAUUAAAACAGUUGCUCUUGAAACAUUCAAUAACUGGUUACUGAUGCUCCUGUUAGUCGAGCCCCCACAAUCUUCCCUCUUUGAAACUCUAUUAGGUCUUUCAUUGCACAUUGACCUCGGUCUCUGAAUGCAAAUAUAACGUAUGUUUCAUUGUUCAUUGAAAUAAUUAGUGCUGUAUUGGUGUAAUGCAUCAAUCAUUCAAUACCUCUCCUUUGGAAAAGGAGCUCUAAAAUGACCCACAUUUCUAUAUUAGUUGGACCUAAAAUUAAGUAAUCCAAUAAUUUAACUUAUUCAGUGAAAAUUGCCAGAGUUUAACAUAAUUUUGAAUUCUAGCCAAUAUGGAAAUGCGUGUAAAAAGUUCAUAAUCAAAAAACAAAGUUUAAAAUAAAUUACACAAUGGCCAUAGGAACUUUUGUUAAAAUCUGAAGAAGUCUAAAUUGUCUCUACUAUAUUUUGCUUUUAGUCUGGUAUGUUGAUUGGUUCUUCAGCUUCUUUUUGGUAGAACAGUUUCGUAAUUCUAAAUGGAAAAGUGCAAAACUGUGAAUGUUCUGCAGUAUCAACUUGUUGUUAAAUUUUACGGCUGACAAAGCAAUCAUGAUAAUGAACAGACUAUAGUCAUCAAAGAAGACAGUACUGAUGAACUCCACGCCCAAAAUAUUUUGCGGAGUUGAGGUGCAAACACAGAAUGCCAUUGGAAGAGGGGACAGACAGCAAACCAAAGCCAAUCUGUGAUCAACAGCUGUCGUUAUGUUACAGAUUGUCAUAUCUCACUCUCACACAGAGUAUGACAACAUUUUGUCUACAUCACAUAAAGGUGUGGCGUGGAAGUCACCACGUCAUCCUUCUUCCUUCCCCUUCAAUCCUUCUGCUACUGUUUGGUGGAUGGAUUUUUUUAUAUAUCUAAUUAUAUAUAGUUUUCAGAAAUUAUUUUUGUGGUUAUGUUCGUGCUUUAAUUUAUACAAAAUGUUCUUAAUUAGAGAUGUUAUUAUGUAUAUGUUUGUCCUCCGAAUCGGAUGCCACUGUUGGUCUAUAUGCCUGAGUAUUGGUCACGUAAUUCUACAUCUUUAAAUGUAGAUAAUGUUGCAUAACAAGAUGAUAAUUAACAAGCUGCAGAGCAAGCAGCAUACAAGAUCUUCACGUACACGAUUUAGCGGUUAAUGUUUUCAGUUACAUUACUAUUGCACUGUGAAAGAUCACAGCUCUUGGUUUUGCACCAUUCUCUCCAUGUGCACCAGUUAUUCACCAGUACUGUAAUAUAACAAUGAUAGGUAUAGUCAGAUGAUAGCCUUGUAGGCCCAAAACUGGUUAAUGAAAUAAAUUAAGGCUGUAGAAAAUAAAAAAUUCUGCACUGUUACCUUAUAAUGUAGUUCAAUAGUUUCCCGAUAACAGUGCUUAUCAUGUACCUUGUAAAAUUAAAUUCAGUAAAUUUAUUAUGUUAACUGUAACAUGAAACUUGCUUCAAACCAAAGUCAGAAAAUACCAGUCCAUUUGAAACAACCAAGUACCGAUGGGAUUUUUGGCACUGAGGGUUACUAGAAAAAGUCGCAAAUGAAUUACACCCAGUUUCACAGCAGUCUUUAUCUUAAUUCCCAGAAUAUCUUAUACUAUAUCACAGUGUUGUUUACUUGGCUGAGUGAAUCAUUUUGUGUUGAUGCUGUCCACUGCACCUAGAUGUAAAACUUUCUUGUGUUAUUCUUCCAAUAUGUUCCAAAUAUGAUUUAGCCCAAUUCUUCAUAUUGGGAAAGUAUUUCUGUCUUCCUGUGCUGUUAAUUGUCAUUUAUACUGAACAGAAGUUUUGGAUACUUGUUAAUUGGUGAAAUGUAAUUUGCUUCUGCCAUAGUGUUUCUUCUCACAACAAAACUCAGUUUGCAAGUAUUUAAUAAUGAGUUUUCAAUCUCUCUCAUUUCACAGAGCAUCACUUUUUAAUAAGAGAUUUUGUGUAGGUCAGAUGACCUUUGCUUGAAAUUCCGUAUUGGGAUAUAAAUGUAGCAUGCACCUUCUUAACUAAGUUUCUAUGCAUUUUUGCUUAUUAGCAAGUCUCAAAUAUUUUUUUGUAUAAACAUUUGCUCUUCUGGUGUUGAAAGUGAACUUGGCAAUAAUUAAUGUUGUCUGUCUGGGGCAAGAGGGGUACGGCUCCCUGUAUGCACCUUACUUCGUAAUUAACAUGCAGUUCUGGUAGUAGUAUUAGGUGGUUUGUUUGUUCUCAGGUAUCCAACCCAUCAACUUUAGAAAAUGUCAGUAAAAUGUUGCUUAGCACUCUGUACUCACAUUAUUCCGAAGAAUACUGGAUUCAUGGCACACAAUCAAGACGAUAUAAACAAAGCAUUGGAACACUUAUUAGCAAACAAGUUACGCGUUCAUUACCUGAAACUGUAAUUACCUGGUAACUAAUUUUUCUAUAUCUAGAGUAUAUUAUAGGACGUAGUUUGUUAAUGCCACAGAGUUCAUUCUCUCCCACCCCUUUCCCUUAUUCAGUACAUUAACCACCCAAAGACAGAAAUCAAAGACUAAACUGAUAGAUACUGCAUUGUGAUAUGAGUAGAGAUAAAAUUAAAAUAAUCCAAAAGUACCAUUGCAGGUACUAUUGGCAAAUAAGUUAAAUACAGUUAGAGGUGAUUUUGCGAAAUUGUUCUAAUGUUGGACAGUUAGUACUCUAGGAUUGUAACUCUGUAUACCUGACCACGAUAUUAUUGAACUUAGCCUAUUGUUGCUGCUAUUGGAAACACACAGUGAUAUUACAAUUAAAAAGUCACUAUAAAAAGUUAAGGUAAGCUGACUGAAGUGUCCUCAAUAACAAGUGCAGUAGUAUUGUGGUUGACUAGUUACUCACAGACUGGCAUCCUUUUUGUUUGAUAAUGCUUGUUGACAACAGAUGUUCAGAUGACAGGUUUAUACUUUCAAGACAUGGUGCUCUGCAUUUUUCGAAAAGAAAUUAAUUAUAAAAUAGAUCGAAAUAAUGCUUGUUUAUGAAAGAAGACAGUGUAGAAAGUGUCAUGAAAUGUGUGUAAACCAAGAUAGGAUACAUUUAGUUUUUUUUUUUUAUAAGCACAUUGUCAGAUGAUGGUGUGUUUAAAAUAGUGCCAUAAAGAGAUCCUGCUGUGUGGGUAUCAUAUUUCCUUUUAUAAUCUUCAGUCUGUUCAGACUUAACAUUUGACAUGAUUCUUUUGAAAAAUUGGUGUUUUCACGUUUGUGUAACUUGUCUUUAAUCUUGCCUAACACAUCAUUACAUGUUGUUGUUGUCAUCAUAUUAAAGUGCAAUACUAAUUUACUUGAAGACUGACUGUACUUGCCCUGUACUUCCUGUUUUCCACUGACUAUGUAGAAAUGAAAUUUUAAACACAAGGUUUUUUAAAGUUAACAAAAGUAGAAAUACAUUUAUCUGCAGGACUUGUGACUCCAUAUGAACAGAACUUGGUUUCUACUGAUUGUAUUGUAAUUGUGAUAAACACUGUUUUGCACCCAUGAUCUACAAAGUUACUUUUGUUGCAUGUAAUUGAAAUAUUUAUAGAUAUUUUCAAGUGCUCUUGUACUGUUAGCAUAUCUUGAUGUAGUAGUGUGGUAUUUUGGUUGAAAAUGCACCUGUAAAAAAAAAUACAAAGGCACUGAGAAAAAUAAGUCGAUCCGAUAUCAAGAUAAGAAGUAGGGUACUUGAUUUAUAUCGAGCCUUGUUAAUGUGUGUACUGAGACUGUGUAUCUUUCAUAUUUGUCAAAACAAAAAAGGUGCUAUGUAAUUUACACUGUAUUUGUGUGAAAUUGGUUGUAAUGAUGUGUAGCUGUUUUCCUUUGGCUUUUCAUUCAGAAUGGCACAUACAAGACGAACUGUCAGUAUCAUCAGUAGUAUCGAAGAGAUGUUCGGUGGUGUCACAGAAUUAGUCAUAUUUUUUGCAGGUUACUGGCUAAGAAAUAAAGUUUUAUUACUGGCAAUACACACUAUUAUAUAGAGCCAAAUGGUUUUUAAUGUUUUUAUAUAUGACUCAGUAUAUUUUAAGCAGAGUUUUAAAUGUAAGUCAUUAGUUAAUUUUAAAAUGAGAGCUGACUACGCUUUUAUGGGGAAAAAAGUUAUAUUCUGAAAGUCAGUAGUAUAGUUGUGAAAAGUAGUAAAGUGCCUUUGCCAUAACAAGUGUCAUGUGAGAAUUCCUGUUGUUUUACCAAAAAACUUAUCUAAUUCUUUGCUUUGUGUAUCUUUAAGUCACCUAAAUUAUUUAUUAGCUACAGUCUAAAUGGUGUGUCUUUGUAUCCCCCAUCAGUUUAUUGUAAAGUGAGCUGUUUACCAGCCAAUUCUUGUGUUGUAAUUUACUCAUCAAAUCAGUGUGUUCCUGUUCCCCAGAAUUUUCUUCAAAUUUUGACUUGAUAUAUUCUUCCCUAUCAGUGUGAUGGUUUCCCCCGUCAAAAAAAAAGAAAAAAAAAGUGCCAGUGUUAGGAGUUGUAAUGGGAGUUCAUUUGCAGCCUGAAAUACUCUUUGAUGCCUACUAUUACUCGAACGUUAAUUAUGCUUCUAUAUUAUUGUAAAAUGCCAAUCUUGACAAUAUUGCUUUUGUGUAUGUACCUUACCAGUAUUCAUAGUUCCAAAAGAGAUUGACAAAUUACUACCCAUUCUAAGUUCUCUCUAAAUGUUCUCACUAUUGUACGCUUAAAAUACUCAAUAGAUCUUAAAAUUUAAUUUGUUCUGAAACUUGUGGUACACUGUGUAACCAAAGAAACUUGUCUAGGAGAAAAUUACUUGGACCAAUGAUGUUUGCAUGUUUUAUAAGCAUACUGGUUAUUUAAUAUAUAUACAUACAUAUAUAUAUAUAGCUUUUUUAAGAUAUAAGCAUUACAAUAAAAAUGUAAUUAUCUAAUCACAUUUUACUGGAGGCAUAUAAAUAAUGUUGAAAACUUUUUUAGUGCAAAAACAAAACAACCAACCAAACACGUGGGUGCGCCCGCCCACACACACACACACACACACACACACACACACACACACACACACACACACACACACACACGUGAUGGUUAUUUUUAGCUUAUGGUUGUAAAAUUGCAGUUAUUAAACAUUUAAAGAAAGGUUUUAAUAUUCAUCAAACAUUCCAGUUAAUUGGAUUGUAUGAGCACAACCAAGUGAUUUUAUGAAGUGAUACAGACUGAGUGGAGGGAAGAUUGUUGUAAUGUUGCUGUGAAAAGAAAUUAAAGGGAAAAGUGUUACAGAUUGUCUUUUUGUUAAUGAUAAUGUAUCUUCACACUAAGAUGAAACUACUAUUGUACAAGAUGUGAACAAUAAAACAGUUACCAUGCUAUUAAAGUGAA